AUGUCGUGUCUGCCUGCCUCCCACGGUUCUCCGGGGCCACGCCUCAGCCAAUUUCAUCAUUCUCUUUCACUCGCCAUCGCUCCUCCAGUCCUCCUCAUCGCCCUGCCCUGCCCAGCACCACUCGAUCACCACCCCCCGUGCCUCGCGCCCCCCUCCCUCGGCCCCUCCGUCCGCCUCUUCUCUCACCCUCUACCACUUCGAUCGUUCCUCCCUCCCUCCCCCUGCGCCCACCUCGCGUUCUUCCCGUCGAGCUUCCCCCAGGUCCGCUGCUCCUUGGCUGAGUACACCCUUGAUCGCCUCCCGUCACUGUAUCAUCAACCCAAUCAACCCCCGUUCUUACUACACCGCAGCACUGAUCACACCACCCCCUCCCGCUACAACACCCAUCUUUCCUUAUUGUCUGGUCGCAGUCCCCUACUACUGUUCAUCUAG